AUGGAGUACACAGAGAAUAAGCUGGAGGAAAAUGCUACAGCAGUGACACAGUUUCUAUUUCUUGGGUUCUCUGGCCUUCCAAACAUACAAGGAUUUCUGUUUGGGAUGUUCUCUAUAAUGUAUAUGAUUAUCUUAAUGGGAAAUAGCUUCAUAAUUGUCUUAGCCAGAAUUGAUCCGGCAUUACAAAAGCCCAUGUAUUUUUUUCUGGCCAAUUUUUCAUUCCUGGAAAUCUGUUAUGUAUCAGUCACUCUUCCUAGAAUUUUGUACAAUCUUUGGACUCAAGAUAGAAGAAUUUGUCUUCUGGCCUGUGCUGUUCAAAUGUUUUUCUUCCUAAUUCUGGCAGCUACUGAGUGUUUCCUACUGGCUGUAAUGUCCUAUGACCGUUAUGUGGCCAUCUGUAAUCCUCUGCACUAUCCUCUGGUCAUGAACCCAACAAAGUGUACUCAGAUGGCAGUUGGCUCUUGGCUUGGUGGCAUCCCAGUCCAGAUAGGGCAAACUUGCCGAAUAUUUUCUCUACAUUUCUGCCAUCUUAAUAUAAUAGAUCACUUCUUCUGUGAUGUUCCACCGAUUCUCAAGCUGGCUUGUGGGGAUACUUCAAUGCAUGAGCUGUCUGUCUAUUUAGUGGCUAUGCUGUUUGUUGCCUUCCCAUUUAUGCUGAUACUUGCAUCUUAUAGCAAAAUUAUUGUCACCAUUCUGAAAUUGCCAACAGCUAUGGGGAGGGCAAAAGCCUUCUCCACAUGUUCUUCCCAUCUGGUGGUAGUAGUUUUAUUUUUUGGAUCAGCUACCAUUAACUACUUGAGGCCAAAAUCCAUUCAUUCUGCAAGAACUGAUGAGCUACUCUCUCUGUUCUACACUAUUGUGACCCCCAUGUUCAAUCCCUUGAUAUACAGCCUUAGGAACAAGGAUGUGAUUGCUGCACUGAGAAGAGUUUUACUGAAAAUGUAG